AUGGCUUUGGACUCAAUCAUAACAGAGGGAGUUGAGUUUGCCAAUAAAUUACAAAAUAAAACAGAAGAUUUUAAGAAAGACAUUGAAGAUAUUUAUGUCAUGAGCAGGGCUAGACCUGAUGAUAAGUAUAAUCUUGUCAAGGAAUUAUAGGAAUUAGGUCAUGUGGUAGGAGUAUGUGGUGAUGGCACUAAUGAUUGUCCUGCAAUAUCUAAGAGUGAUAUUGGUUAUAGUAUGGGAAUAUCAGGGACUGAGAUGGCUAGAGAGAGUUCCGGUAUUCUAUUGUUGGACGAUAAUAUUCAUUCUAUUUAUAAGGGAAUCAUUUUGGCCAGGAAUCUCUUUGAUUCAGUCAAAAGACUGGCUCAGUAUUAAAUAACUUCACACUUUUCGUUGAUUAUUAUUCUAAUCGCUUCAUCAGCAAUUGGAGAUACUGUAAUAUCACCACUUUAAUUUAUUUGGAUAAAUUUAAUCACUGAUUUAUUUGCUACAUUUGCUUUGUCUUAUUGCAAACCAAGUUCUUAUUUGUACCAUUAAAAACCUCCUAGUAAAAAUGGAUUUCUCUUGGAUACCAUUGUUUACAUUCGCAUUGUAAUUCUUGCAAUUUACAUCAUAACUGUUUGCAUAAUUUUCGUCCAUUAAUCCUCGAUGGUAUUCAAUUUGUUUGUGAUGAUUACUUUGUUUAAUUUGAUUAAUUCUCGUAUGGUGUACUUGGAAUUCAAUGUAUUUAGUGGAUUCUUUGGAUCGUGGAUGAUUUAUUCUUCAAUUCUGAUAAUAGGAUUACUACAAUUCUUAAUAGUGGAGUAUGGAGGAAUAGUAAUGUAAACCUUUGAUGGGUUGAGCUUGAAUUAGUGGUUUAUUUGUAUUGUUAUUGGAAUCGGCAGUGUAAUUUGGAGAACGAUAGUAAUACUGAUUAUAAGGCCGAUGAUUGUAAACAAUCAGUUGUAUAUAUUAGAAGAGUGA